AACGCCCGGGGCGGCCGCGCGGGUCGGGCUGGAGGCAUGGUGGCGAGGAGGGACGGGGCCGCCCCGGGCUGGGCUGCCCGACCCGCUCACCUCGCCCUGGUGGCGCGCUCUGCGGGGACUCGCGGGGAGGAGAGCCACACCCGCGAGCUUCGGGAUUCCGGGACCGCCCUCUCCCGCUCCAGGGUCAGCGGCGAGCGGCAAAGACGGGCGGAGCCGCAGCGGCACCAUGAGAGCGGCCUCUGCUGCUCGACGCCUGCAGACGCCCGGCGAGAGGCGGCGGCGGUGCCUGCGCGCGCCAUGGGGGCGCCGUGGGGCCCGGCAGGCGGCUGGCUCUUCGCGCGGCGCGGAGGCCUGGGGCUUCCGCGGAGCGCCCCGGCGCUGGUGGCUGUUGGCCUGCUGUGCACCGCUCUGGCCGCCUACUACUGCUGGAGGCAGCUGCCGCCGCUGCCCCGGGCAUCCUCCCGCCCGCCGCUGCCCCGGGCGUCCUCCCGCCCGCCGCUGCCCCGGGCGUCCUCCCGCCCGCCGCUGCCCCGGGCGUCCUCCGGCCCGCCGCUGCCCCGGGCGUCCUCCGGCCCGCGGCGGCCGGUGGGCGUGCUGCUGUGGUGGGAACCCUUCACCCGGCGCGAGAGCCGCGCGAAGCGGCCGCCGGACUGCUGGCUGCGCUUCAACAUCAGCGGCUGCCGCCUGCUCACCGACCGGGCGGCCUAUGCGGAGGCCCAGGCGGUCCUCUUCCACCACCGGGACCUCGUGAAGGGCCCCCCCGACUGGCCCCCGCCCUGGGACGUCCAGGUGCGCGGGGUCGAGGGGCCGGAGUUGCGGGUGUUGGACAAGGGGGUGGCGGCGGCCGAAGCCCUGGCCAUCUCGGGCCUCAGGCCCCCGGGCCAGCGCUGGGUGUGGAUGAACUUCGAGUCGCCCUCCCACUCCCCGGGCUUGCGAAGCCUGGCAGGUAACCUCUUCAACUGGACCGUCUCCUACCGGGCCGACUCGGACGUGUUCGUGCCUUACGGCUCGCUCUACCCCAGGACCCAUCCCAGCGACCCGCCGCUGGGCCUGGCCGCGCCGCUCGCCCGGAAACGGGGGCUGGUGGCCUGGGUGGUGAGCAACUGGGACGAGCGCCAGGCCCGGGUGCGCUAUUACCACCAGCUGAGCCAGCACGUGGCGGUGGACGUGUUCGGCAGGAGCGGGCCGGGGCGGCCGGUGCCCAACAUUGGUCUCCUGCACACAGUGGCCCGCUACAAGUUCUACCUGGCCUUCGAGAACUCGCAGCACCUGGAUUAUAUCACCGAGAAGUUUUGGCGCAACGCGUUGCUGGCCGGGAGCGUGCCGGUGGUGCUGGGCCCCAAACGUGCCAAUUAUGAGCGCUUCCUGCCCCGCGGUGCCUUCAUCCACGUGGAUGACUUCCCUAGUGCCUCCUCCCUGGCCGCCUACCUGCUCUUCCUCGACCGAAACCCAUCAGUCUACCGUCGCUACUUCAACUGGCGCAGGAGCUUCGCGGUGCACAUCAUCUCCUUCUGGGACGAGCCCUGGUGCCGGGUCUGCCAGGCUGUGCAGACCGCCGGGGACCGGCCCAAGAGCAUACGCAACUUGGCUCACUGGUUUGAGCGGUGAAGCCACUCUUGCCUUGGGUGUAACCCAGGGAGGUCAAAUCCUCAGCUUUUGGAGCCUCAGCGGUGCAUCUCCUUGACACCUGAAUCAUGGGACGGAGUUUUCCAAACACCCAUUUGUACUCUGUGGGGAAAUGGUCGUUACCAAUCGAUAUUAUUCAGCACAAAGACGGGUGGGAAGGAUUCCCCGUUCUCAUGGGUUUUUUGCACAAAGAGCAGUUGGGCUCCGUCUGCUGUAGAUGGACAUCAGUGUUCACCUGUGAAGAAGGGGGUCCUUCCUCACCUUGUAACCUGUGCAGAGGGGAGGAAACAGCCUACCUACCAGAAGCCCUUGAGUCAGUUGCUCUGACCUUCCUCAUGGGCCACAGGCCAUACUUGUGGUCUGUGCGGAAUCCAAAUCCACACACACUGCUCCUUGACGCCCGUUUCACUGGGCCGAUGCGCAGAAAGCCCCUGCUUUUAGAAGGAGCCUUGUUGCAGAACAGUGACAGGACUAGGGCCACAAGUGGGUCUUUCUCUGUCUGGGGUGAAUUCUGAGAAGCCUCAUCUCCUAAGGCAGAUGAGGAGGGUGGUCCAAGAAUCCCUUGACUGUUCCUUAACAAGUCCUUUUUGUUCCCCUGCCCUGUGAGUGCAAAGAAGAUGCUAAAUUGUCCUCGAAGGAGAGUUAAGAUGAAUCUAUAGGUAUACCUCACUUUUACAAAUGUAUUUUUUGGAAAUGUAUUUUUGGAAAGCUGCUUUUAAAUCAAGUCCCAAAUUCACUGCUUUAGGAGAAUUUAGUAUUUAAUGCAACCCUAUGGAGAAUCCCUUUGCAAUGUGAAUCAUCAUCUCCUAACUUAUUUCCUCUGUGUCUGUUUUUCUAUAACCUAAAAUUUUUCAAAAGCACAUUAAAAUUACAGAUAUGAAAAUAAAGUGGAAGCAACCUCUUCCCUCUUUCCAGAAAACCAGCCUGUGAUUACAGAAAGAGGAGAAGGAAGCCACGGUGUCAUUCUCCACAAAAUUAAUUUGUUAAUUAAUUAACAAAUUUCAGGAGGAAUGUCCGUCCUGAAAUUUCAGCAGGAAUGUCCGUCCUCCAGGGUUGCUGGCAUUACCCAUCUGCAGAACAAGGAAAGAGACUGUACCGCAUUGUGGAAUCAUGGAAGAGGAAAAAAAUUUCGUGGUGUCUGUUAAUGGCAGUUUUUUGUUGUUGUUGUUCCCCCCCCCCCCCCCCGCUCAGUUUUUAGUGCAAUGUUUAGUUGCUGGGAAAUGAAACUAAAUUAGUGCCUGCAGUGAGGUUUGGCUUUUGUUAAAAUCUAAAUCUGCAACUUUCCUUGGGGCCAGCAAGUUCCCCUCCUGGUCUGCAUGGUAGUACAGUACAUCCUCACAUGCCUAGUGACCUUGAGACUGUGUCAUGGGGCCAACUUUGAAAAUAUAUGCAUUGCCUUGAAAAGUUGUUGAAUGAAUAGAUUACUUAGUAGGUGUCACCCUGUGCCCUACUCUGUGCCAAACACUGGGCUGUAGGUGCCAGAAAAGACACACAAAUGUGUAAGGCAAGGAAGGUCCUUUCCUUUAAGGCUCCUCGAAUCUGCCACUGCCUACAAGUAAGUAACUUUGAUAAAUUGGCAGAACCUAUUUAUUUAAAGUGACGUUCUUUAAUGUAAUACGGGCCAUAGGUCAAUUAUUAGAAAGCCAGUUGAUUUACAGCCUCAAACAAUGGUUUCUUUUUCUCCUUGAUCUAUGAUUAUUUUUUUCCAUUUUUACUGAGAAGUAAUUAGCACAUGUCACUGUAUAAGUAUAAGGCAUAGAGCAUGAUGGUUGGUUUACAUAGAAUGUGAAAUGAUUGUUGCAAUAGGUUCAGGUAAUAUCCAUCAUCUAAUAUAGAUACAAUAUAAAGAAAUCCUCGAUUUAUUAUAAUAGGGACCCUCAGUGACUGAUUAUUGUGGGUACGGUCCGAGAUUAAUUAGGUUUAUAUAAAGUUCUGCUGUAAGCAGUAACUAUGCACUUGAUUAGGACAAUUAGCUGAAUCAUAAAGUAAGUUUUCUCUCUGCUCAUUUGUUGCAGACUCACUUGAAAAGCUCACUAAAAUCCAAUUCUUUAUUCAGUUCUUUCUUUUCCUUAAAAGGAGAAAUUAAAGCCCAUGGAUAAAAUUUCCUUAUUUAAAUAUUAUAGUGUGGGUGGAAUUACAAAGUAUCAGCCAGCCAAAAAGAAGAAGUUAAAAUUCUAUUCUUUUUUAAAAAGAUUUUAUUUAUCUAUUUGAGAGAGAGUGAGCCCUAGCGGGGGGAGGGGCAGAGGGAGAAGCCGACUCAGAUCAUGACCUGAGCCGAAGUCAGAUACUUAACUGACUGAGCCACCCAGGUGCCCAGAAAAAUUCUAUUCUUAAAAUGAGUAUUUAUGAGGUAUUGGCCAAUGAUCUUGGUGUUGUUGGGAAUCUACAUGUGGCAGUGGGAGAGUGGAUUUUGGAGGUAAUCUGGCUUAGAUUUAAUUCCAGCUAGUGUGACCUCUGCAAAUUAGUAAUAACCUUGAGCCUCAGAUUCCUUAUCUGAAAAAUGAAGGAGGACAAUACUUCACAGUUCAUUGUGAGCAUUAGGGGAAGUAAAAUAAAUAAAGGCGCCUAACAUAUAGCAGUCAGUUGGCAAAAGAUAAAUUUUUUCCUUCAUUUUUUGCAGUGAUUUCAGGCUCCUCCAUAUCCAUUUGUAUGUGUAAAAUUAAAUCUCAACAUAUAUUUCAGGAUAUUUCUGAAACAAAAAGGGGCCUCAUAUUGUGUAUUUCAAAUAUAUCUCUAAAGCUCGACUAUAUUAUUUCAAGAAUCACCGUUGUUAUUUAGAUUGAACUUGAAUUUGCAGACUAGGAGGAAGCACCUGGCUUUCUUUGAAAAAAAAAAUUGAGUUAUAUAGUUACAUGAGUAACUAUUACUUUACUGACGCUCUUCUUAGUGGUAAGUCUAUUUAAAACUAAACACCUUUAUUAAAUAUUUAGCAUAAAGAAGGUAUAUUUGCAUUUUUAUUCAUGUGCAAAUUUUGGGUAUAGAAUGAGCAGAAUUUUUAGGUUGAUCUCUUCAGAGACAGAAAUAAAGCAGUUGCGGGCACCUGGGUGGCUCAGUUGGUUGGGCGACUGCCUUCGGCUCAGGUCAUGAUUCUGGAGUCCCUGGAUCAAGUCCCGCAUCGAGUCCCGCAUCGGGCUCCC